AUGAAUGCUGGACCGGUACCUGUCUUCUACAAUCCAUACAGAAACGUUGCAGCAUGUGCGGUGCCGCAUAACAUGCACCUGCACAAGAGUCGUGUCUCGAUGGAGCAAGUGCUAGUCCGACAGCCUCAAAUACAGAUCGUGCCAACCUACGACAAGCUCAAGGAGAAAACAUUCCCUGUCGUAUCUGGAGUCAAGGGCAUGACUUUUGCGCUGAUAGACCUUAGUGAUGCACCUGAUAUCCUCGGCGCUUUGAAAACUAGCGAGGCACCAGAGUGUGAACUCGAUGCGGAGUGGGCGCCCAGCUUCACCGGAGCACUGUACUACAAGAGGCUCGACUCUUUGGUCCAGGACAAAGAACCGACCAUACAUACCAUACAGGCGAGAAUGAUCGCACAAAAUAUCGAGGACCCAGGAACAGGCAGUGCAUGCUGUGCUCUUGCUGGCUAUCUCGCAACGAAUGAGAUGAAGGACCUGGAGCCAAAAGCCAAAGAGGCAUCAUCUGAAGACGACGACUUGACGAAGAAGACUGAAGAAAUCAGACUUGAGGACAAAAAAGAGAGUUCUCAUGAACGGCAUGUUUAUGCAGUGCAGCAAGGCGUGGAGAUGGGUCGCCUAUGCACGAUCGCGGUAGAGGUCGAUCUAGAAAUCCAGGCUGAUGGCUCGAAAAAGAUCGUAAACAUCACACUUUCUGGACGAGCGAAUUUCUUUGCGUCAGGACAGCUGGCGGCACACCCCUAG